CUUAAGCUAAAACUAUGAUCAUCGGAAAAUUGCAACAGCUCAAAACUCACCCAAUUCUUGGUAGUAUCCAUUUUUAAGGCCGUUCUUCAGUAGUUUUCUCCUUUCAUCGUUCACUCGCUUCGCCAUACAGAGGGAGAAUGUUGCCGAGAUGGAGCAGGGCCAUUUCACAGUUUUCUAGGGCUUAUUCACUAAGGAACACACGAAUUGGAAGACAUUUGUGUACUUUUUCAUGUCGAGAUUAUUUCGCGGUUGCGCCGUCUGUAGACCAUUCCACCGAGAAAGACUAUAAUAGCAAACUCCAGGUAAAUUUGAACAAGAUGUUCUGGUCUAAGCCUCAAUCAUUGGCAUUGGCCCCUGAUUCACCGUUAAGAAUUGAAGAGCCACAAUAUGAUGGCAUCCAGCGUUUUCUCCUCAAAUUGAUGUUGUUCUAUAGUAAGCAAAGCACGUCCAUUCGAGGAGCUAACGUUAUUUAUCGCCGUGUUAUUCACCAAAUUGAUAGACCUGCUAUCUAUGAUGUAUUUAGCUUGGAGAAAACAUUUAAGAGCACAUUUGCUUUACUUGUUAUCCAUAUGUGGCUAUGCUUGCGGCGCUUGAAGCAGGAGGGAAAAGAAGGCGUCGAGUUGGGGCAAUAUCUGUAUGAGAUAUAUAAUCAUGAUCUGGAGUUGAGAGUUUCUAAAGCUGGGGUUAAUUUAUUGUUGACUAAAUGGAUGAAGGAUUUGGAGAAGAUAUUUUACGGUAACAUUGUUGCUUAUGAUGCUGCUAUGCUUCCUGAAGCUGGGCAGGAUGAGCUGCAAACUGUAAUUUGGAGGAAUGUCUUCUCUGAUGAUGGUACAUCUUUACCAAAUGAUGCAGCCCUGCUUCCAGUCCAGGCUAUGUGUAGGUAUGUUCGCAGGGAAUCCAACUGUCUGUCAUUGACAGAUAAAGAUGCUGUCUUUUCGGGCAACUUCACGUUCACCCCAUUGGAAAACACAAAAGCUGAUAAAGAGGGAAGUUAAUGCAAAGAAAACAAUAUCAAAACCACCCAUGCUCAUGCAACUGUGCCACAAUUCAUUGUAAAGAUUCAGGCUUUCCCUCACUGAAAUUAUAAGAAAUUGCUGAAUGCGCAGGCGUGAAACAUGAAAUCCACUGUUCUUUGAGUUUCAGUAAUCUAGGUGCAAAUCUAAGGUUGCUUUGCUUUUUUGUGCCACAACAUAAAUCCUAGAAAUGACUGUCAAACUGUUGAUGGCUAAUGUUUCUAAUGGAAGUUAUACGAGUGUAAGUUCUGAGAAAAGUCAGAGUGUAAGUUGUAUAUGGUAAUUGCUUCUUAAUUCGGAUUAUUGAUUCUGGAUAAGUCCCCUAAUUGCUGAUAAUGGUAAACCAUCUUCAAUUGCUUGUUCUA